GUAAAAAAAAAAAAAAUUGAGUGGGUGAGAUUUUAUAACGAUAGAGGAAGAGACAUCUCUUUCUUCUACUUGUGUGUUGUGUGGUGUGUACAUGUAUAUAUUUCCAUUACAGCAAGCGUUUUGCAAAAUAGUAUAAACUUGCUUGAGAAUUUUCUGACAUUAAUGGGUCAAACCUUUUUCUCGUCUCUUUUGGUUUAUUAAUUUAGUGUUUGAAAAAUCUCAUCCUCUUCUUCUUCUUCUUCAUCUUUCUUCAACGUUCUCACCACAGUAGUUCUACUAUCUUCUUCUGCUCUUUUAGAGAGAGAGAGACAACAACAAAGGAAAGCUUUGAAAUUUAUCAGUUUGAUCCAAAAUCAAUCAAAUACUGGGUUUCACUGAAAUUUUGGGAUUUUUUGAUUCUUCCAAGUGAAGAAACAGAGUAAACAAAACAAGCAAAUCCCAAGAGAAAGAAGAAAAAAACUAAAGUUGAGAUUUUUCUCUCUCAAGAACUUUUGAGUAUGUCUUCUUCUUCUGUAGCAGUGUUAUGGGUUGCAGCUCCUUCUCCAAAUCCAGACCCGAUGAAUAAUUUUGGGUUGGUAAGGGUUCUAGAGUCUUCUAGAAUCUUCUCUCGUUGUCAGAAUCAGAGACUAAACAAAGGUAUGAGGAAGCAGACAACAACAACAACAACAACAACAACAACAACAUGGAGCUCUUCUUCCCUUGUUACGAACCCAAGAAGAAGAAGUGGUGUUGUGUUUUCGAGCUUAGUUGCAAGUCCUUCAGGGGAGAUAGCCCUCUCAUCUGAAGAGAAGGUUUACAAUGUUGUCUUGAAACAAGCUGCUUUGGUCAACAAACAGCUUAGAUCUUCUUCUUAUGAUCUUGAUGUCAAGAAGCAGCCUCAAGACGUUGUUCUUCCUGGUAGUUUGAGUUUGUUGGGUGAGGCUUAUGAUCGUUGCGGCGAAGUUUGCGCUGAAUAUGCUAAAACCUUUUAUCUCGGGACUUUGCUUAUGACACCUGAAAGGCGAAAGGCUAUUUGGGCUAUCUACGUUUGGUGUAGAAGAACUGAUGAACUUGUUGACGGGCCUAAUGCUUCACAUAUAACUCCCAUGGCGUUAGAUAGAUGGGAAGCAAGGUUAGAAGAUCUUUUCCGUGGCCGUCCUUUUGAUAUGCUUGAUGCUGCUCUUGCUGAUACAGUUGCUAGAUACCCGGUUGAUAUUCAGCCAUUUAGAGACAUGAUCGAAGGGAUGAGAAUGGACUUGAGGAAAUCAAGAUACAAGAACUUCGAUGAUCUCUACCUUUACUGCUACUAUGUUGCGGGAACCGUUGGUUUGAUGAGUGUUCCAGUUAUGGGAAUCGAUCCUAAGUCGAAAGCAACUACGGAAAGUGUUUACAACGCUGCCUUGGCUCUAGGGAUAGCCAAUCAGCUUACCAACAUACUCAGAGACGUUGGCGAAGAUGCGAGAAGAGGAAGGGUUUAUCUACCUCAAGACGAACUGGCUCAGGCUGGUCUGUCAGAUGAAGACAUUUUCGCCGGAAAAGUCACUGAUAAAUGGAGAAACUUCAUGAGAAUGCAGCUUAAACGAGCAAGAAUGUUCUUUGACGAAGCUGAGAAAGGCGUCACCGAGCUCAGUGCUGCUAGCAGAUGGCCGGUAUGGGCGUCGCUCCUAUUGUACAGGAGAAUAUUGGACGAGAUUGAAGCCAAUGAUUACAACAAUUUCACAAAGAGAGCUUACGUGGGGAAAGCCAAGAAAAUUGCAGCAUUGCCAUUGGCUUAUGCUAAAUCAAUACUAAAGACUUCAAGUUCAAGACUGUCGAUAUGAGCGAGAGCUAAACUGGGGAACAAACAACCUAAGAGCGCUUUUUGUGAUUAAGAAAAAUCUUAGGGUCGAAUUUAUCAUGUUAACUAAUACAGUAUUAUUAUUAUUAUACAUAUUAAUCCGGGAAACCAAAUUCUUAUAAUGUUACAUUAUUUUUCUGUAUGUAAAAAAGUAAUUUUUUUUAUUUUGUUUUCGUUA